AUGGUUUACAGUUUGGGUUCUAAUUAUUGGGGAUCUCUUGGUUUGGAACACAACCGCUAUAUCAGUGAAAUCCAAGAGAUUGAGAGAUUGCGCCACAAGAAUAUCACACAAUUCUUCAACGCAUCCGACUUUGUGUUAGCCCUCACUCAACACAACUGUCUCUAUGGUUGGGGUUAUAAUAAUAUGGUACAGUUAGGUAUUGCAUCUAAGAGUACAGAUGUCUUAUACGCAAAACCGGGACUUUUUGAUCCCAAAUAUAUCGAUAAUAAGACUAUUAAUCAAAUAAGUUGUGGUUUUUAUCACACAAUGAUUCUCACGAGUGAUCGCUGUGUCUAUGGAUGGGGUUAUAAUAUGUUCGGACAGUUAGGUUGUGGACCAGAUAGUGAUAUACGAAAAGGGGUCACAUUUCGAGUGAAUUUCAAUCCCUAUCACGAAAUUAAAAGCAUUUAUUGUUGUGAUUACUCUUCAUUUGCCAUCACAUCAGAGGGACAGGUGUUUAGUUGGGGUCGAAAUGAUUGGUAUAAUUUGGGACUCAAUUCAUCGAAUAAUAUAUGGAAACCACAACUCAUUGCAGACAUUACAGUUUCCAAAGUUAAUAAUUAUAAGCGUUUGUAUGAAGAGUUGCAUUCAUUAGGUUCGGGAGCUUUUGGGGAAGUGCUGACCAUUUACGGGAAUUUACGCAAGAAAUGCAUAAAUUGAUAAAAGUUAGGUCAGAAUAUUGUGUCCAAUAUUUCGGUCAAUGGUUUGAAGACAAAGUAUAUUACAUUGAAAUGGAGUUGUGUUCCCAGAGUCUGCAGAAUAUUCUUCAACACAAACGACAAGUAUUUGGUCGACAACCGGGAGAACCCAUGAAUUCAAUCGAGUUUUACAUUUCGUGUCAUAUAUUUAAAGAGAUUUUAGAAUGCGUUCAAUAUUUACAUGAAUUGAAUCCUCCGGUCAUUCAUAGAGAUUUCAAACCCGACAACAUAUUAGUGACGAAGACUGUAAGGAACGGCAGAUUUUAAAAAUUAUGUGACUUUGGUUUGGCUACUGUUCACCAGCCCUCGUCAGAUAAGGGAGACCUGAGAUAUCAGGCGUCAGAAGUGGGUCAGGGCGUGGACUAUACCCAUAAGAUAGAUAUCUAUAGUUUGGCUAAAAUUGCAGAAAAUAUUUUUGGGAUUCAUUUGGAGGACAAACCUUUACAAAAGUAUUCAGACAAUGAAGUUAUGAACAAAUGUUGGCUUAAAUUAACAGAUGUAUUGCAUUCAAUGUCAUACUAUAACUGGGAUCACCCGCACAAACCCGGCCCUCACUGGACAGACAGACCCGAGUGCUCACAAGUCUUAGCCAAAUAUAAUGAGUGGUCUUAUAUUAAGAAUUAUCUCAAAACUGAUUCAACAUUUGAUUCCACACUAAAACUCAUUCAACAAAAUGAUUACAAGUUUUUUGCGGAAUAUUUUAAUGCGAAAUAUG